GGGCUAUAACAGGACAAACGCUUCAUAUUUGCAUACAGUCAUUGGACAGACGAUAGCAAGAAUAACGCUGCUAUUUUGAGAGCAAAAAAAUUCUAUACAUCUAUACAUUUGCAUUCUGCAUUAGUUCAUUCUGUCAAAUUGAAUCUGAGGGAGAAAAAAACAUGUUCUACACAUGUGGUCCAAAUGAGGCUAUGGUGGUGUCAGGGCUCUGCCGUUCUCCUCCAGUAAUGAUUUCUGGAGGCAGAGUGUUUGUGCUUCCCUGUGUUCAGAAGAUCCAGAGGAUCUCCCUGAACACUCUGACGCUGAACGUGAAGAGUGAUAAAGUCUACACCCGGCAUGGGGUUCCCAUCUCGGUCACUGGUAUUGCCCAGAUGAAGAUCCAGGGGCAGAACAAGCAGAUGCUGGCCGCAGCCUGUCAGAUGUUCAUGGGGAAGUCGGAGGGCGAGAUCGCCCAAAUCGCCCUGGAGACGCUGGAGGGUCACCAGAGGGCCAUUAUUGCCCACCUGACUGUGGAGGAGAUCUAUAGGGACCGUAAGAAGUUCUCGGAGGAGGUGUUCAAGGUGGCCUCGUCCGACCUGGUCAACAUGGGCAUCAGCGUGGUCAGCUACACGCUCAAAGACGUUCACGAUGACCAGGACUACCUCCACUCCCUGGGGAAAUCCAGGACCGCCCAGGUGCAGAAAGACGCCCGCAUCGGAGAGGCCCAGUUCAAGAGGGAUGCUGUGAUCAGGGAGGCCCAUGCCAUGCAGGAGAAGAUCUCAGCCCAGUAUGUAAAUGAGAUCCAGAUGGCCAAGGCUCAGAGGGACUAUGAGCUGAAGAAAGCAUCCUAUGACAUCGAAGUCAACACCAAGAAGGCGGAGUCCGAGAUGGCCUACCAGCUACAGGUGGCCAAGACCAAGCAGCGCAUCGAGGAGGAGAAGAUGCAGGUCAAGGUGGUGGAGCGCUCUCAGCAGAUCAUGCUCCAGGAGCAGGAGAUCACCCGCAAGGAGAUGGAGCUGGAGGCUAAGGUCAAGAAGCCCGCUGAGGCCGAGAGAUACCGCCUGGAGAAGCUGGCCGAGGCCCAGCGUGCACAGCUCAUCAUGGAGGCAGAGGCUGAAGCAGAGUCCAUUAGGAUUAAGGGAGAUGCGGAGGCCUUUGCCGUGGAGGCGAAGGGGAGAGCCGAGGCGGAGCAGAUGGCCAAGAAGGCCGAAGCCUUCCAGCAGUACAAGGAGGGAGCCAUGGUGGACAUGCUGCUGGAGCAACUACCACUAGUGAGAAACAAACCUUUCAAGAGACGGAGCUCAAAUACACAUAUGAGAUAUGGCGGAAGAGAUCAGCAGGCCUCUGGCGCAGGCUCAGAAGAUCACCAUGAUAUCCAGCGGCGGCGGCGAGGUGGGCGCGGCCAAGCUCACAGGGGAGGUGCUAGACAUCAUGACCCGCCUACCAGCGGCGGUGGAGAAACUGACCGGAAUCAACAUCUCACAGGUGGCGACUCGUAUGGGCUGAGGAGAGGCUCCGGGUGCUCAGGUAGACCUCUCCUCUCAUCAUACCCCUGCCUGGCUGUAGUGUCUGCGUAUGUGUCUACUGUCACAGCCUUACCUUCUCUCCUCAAGGAUGUUAUACCAACGAUAUAUCUGUUUCUGUGAUCAACCCGUUCUAUCGAUCCCCUCUUCUUUCCACGUGUCUUAGUGCCCCUUUUCUCUGCCUAUCUCACCUUUCACCUCUAACCCGUUUUCUAUUUGGCCCUGGAUUCCUCCUCCUAACUGCCUGUGUCCACUGCCUUGCUGCCAAACCCAAAGUGCAUCUUAACUGGCGAGUUCAAUGCAAGCGCGCAAUCAACUCGUCCCAUCCAGUGUUGUCAUUCGCAGCGCUCGUUCUUACUCAUCAGGAGAAAAGGGGACCUGACCAAAUCCAUGUUUCAGUCUUUCAUUGUUUUUAGUGUUACUGGUUGUCGUUUUAGUCUGACAAAAUGUAAUUGGUUAAGAGAAAAUGUCAUGGCUCUGUUGGCACUAAGUUUGAGUUACAAUGAAUGUAAAAAAUAUUCACCAUUCAAAGUAUCCAAUAUUCUAAUCUAUACCUGCAAAGGCUCUUGGGAGAAGUAGUCUGAAUAGGCCAGUCAACUCAACUGUUGUUUCUCAAUAUAUUAUUAUUUUCUAUGGAUUUCUAUCUGCGAAAUGUGUGCUUUCCCAUUGAUGUGUGUCUACAGUCACUAUUACGAUACGUAACUUGCGUGUUUUUGAUGUUGUUUUCGUUGUACUUUCUACAUCGCUCACAACUGAGUUAUCCUAUUUAAUCGAUAUUCGUUAGAAAGGACCUUUUAGUCAAGCAGAUUAUGUAGCAGUUCUCACAAAUGUGACUUGCAUUACUUUUGUCCAGAGUGCUAGGGGACUGGUUUACUGCACUGUUAUAGCUGUCAAAAUGUAAUAUGACGUUAUAACCAUGGAAUUAUUGCACUUCCGCCUAACGCUACGUACUGUAAUGCCAAGUUGUACUAUUUAUGUUAACUGAGAUGUACUGUUAGCAUUGAAGCUACACAACGGAAAUAGCAGCUGUGAUAAUGAAUAACAAAGGGAGUCAUUUUCAGUUAGAAAAAUGUUGAUUGUCGUCAGAAGGAGAGGAGGUGUCAUGUAAAAAGAAGAAAUUCUGAAAGCAUGUUUUCUCUUUUUGGGAACCUUUUCCAGCCCAAACUAAAGCUAGCUGUGUCGUAUUGUACUACUAAUAGACAUAACUACUAAUGGACAUAAUAGCAUGAUAUACAAGCAUUGAGUACAUGGCACAUACAGAGUAUACAUCCAUUGUUGCCCUCAGAAAAGCCUAAUUUCAUCACGGCAUGGACUCUACAAGUUGUUGAAAGCGUUCCACAGGGAUGCUGGCCCAUGUUGACUCCAAUGCUUAUCACAGUUGUGUCAAGUUGGCUGUAUGUAUUU